AUGGCUGAGCCCUUCCCAACCCCGACGACGACGCCGAAGCGCAAGAGAGACGAAGACGCCCCGCCGGUGUCGCCGAUAUACACAACCUCCAAAUUCUCCUUCCAGCUGCCGGCCGACCACCCCCAGAGCAGCGACGCCGAGGACGGGAGCGCGAGCCCACACAGCAAGGUCGUUCACAAGUUCCGUGGUCUGGCGUUGGGUGGGAAUAGUGGUGGGGGCGGGGUAGCCCAGCAACAGAACCGAGCCUCCGCUGCUGCUGCUGAACCCCAGGGCCUAUAUACACAUGGCACUGCCGCAUAUGACCCGACGCGCGACGAGCAUAAGGAAGGCAGGGGGUACGGAUACUCUGACGACGACCCGUUUGCGAGUCGCAAAAGAGUCAAGGUUCCUGAGCUGGAGAUGACGGACAUUGAGGGCGACAAAACCGCCGCUACCGCUGCCGCUACCGCUGCCGCUGCCGCUGUCGCUGCCGCAGACGCACUGGUCGUCAUUCCGGACCCCGAUGUCAAGAGCGAUCCAGUGCCUACCCCGAAAUCGAAACUCACAGAAGAAGGCGAUCCCGCUGCUACCACCGCAACACUACCCACGAGCGCACAGCAACAGCGCUCGCAUCGUUCGAUUGACAAAGUACAAGAUCCGAAAGUACGAGGACGGAGACGCGCCGGCACACCACCGCUAAAGGGCCGCAAGGGGAUCAACAAGGCCAACCCCGCCAACACAGCCUCUGCUGCUGCUGGGCUGCAGCAACAACAAGAAGACCAGGAGAUGAAGACGAUUGUAGACCCAGUCAGGGCUGCGCUCACCUGGAAGGAGGAAGAGAUUACGAUUUACGACCCAGAAGACAAGGACGACGACGGCACAGGCAUCAACGGGGUCGGGUUCAUGCCGACGGCCGCAAUGGCAUACGCGCGGACACAGAAGCGCCGGCUGCAGCUGGCCGAGUACAAGAAGCGGGAGGAAAGUGAGGCGAGGGCCCGACGAAGCCAGCGGAGACGAGGGAGCGGUGCUGGUCUUGCUUCUAAGCCUUCUUCUGGUAGUGGCAGUGGCGUGCGAAAGGUGCGCUUUACCGAGUCGGAAGCAAGCACGGUUGCGACGAAUGUAUGA